AUGGGAGCUGCCGUGUCCAAAAGGAAGACUUUAAGAAACGAUGCGAUAUCCUCUAUGGCAGCAAAAGUUAGAGCAGCGCGAGCAUUUGGAGAGUACCUGUCCCACACACACCCUGAAAACCGAAACGGAUCAGCUCAUCUUCUGUGUGAAACCUUGGUGGGUCCCGACGCGGAGUCGCCAAGUGACACGAUUAGCCCCAACAACAACAACCACCUCCAUCCCUGUUCCAACACCACCAAGGGUUGUGAGGACAAACGGGAGCCCAGCCUGGUAAAACCCCCACUGGGCUUACUCCAGCCUCCUCCCCCUUCUAUCACCAUCUCUACCAAAGCAUCGCGACUGUCCCUCGAGCGCAGCUUCUCAGCGGAGGAAGACCAGCAGAAGUGUGUUGAGUGCACCCUGCAGCCUGCCCGCGUGUACACCAUCACCACCCAGCGCGGUAUGCUGAUGAGCAGCGGCCGGGGCAGCAAGGAGAGCCUAGAACUGGACGUCAUGAAGGAGAAGUCGGGGAGUGGCGGGGUGGGAUCCAGAGGUGGCUUGAUCCAGCCCUCCACUUCCCCUUCCUCCACCUCAUCGUCUCCAACUCAGCACCACCAUGCCAGCAGCGGCCGUGGCACCAGCCACCAUCACAGAAACCAUCACGAACCUCACCACGGGAACCACCACCACCACGGCGCCCCGGUCACCAAUGCACCCUCCAGUAGUGGAGGAGGUAGCGGAGCAAGUGGAAGCAGCAGUAGCAACCUGCAGCAGUCUUUAUCCAUCGCUGGAUCCCACUCCCACCACGGAACACACCACCACGGCCACCACCAUCACCUGUCUCAACCCCCGAUGCAGACCUCCGUCAGCGCCCACAACAUCCGCGGCUGGGGCGAGGGCGGAAAAGGGGAGGCGGAGUGCAGCGGGCUGGCCUGUGAGUCAUGCAGCGGCGCCCCCUCGCGAAGCCAAGGCUCCCUGGACCUGGAGAGCGCAAACCGAGAGGCAGGCAAGCAGCACCGGCGCCUAGAGCGGAUGUGGAGUGUGGACCGGGUGACUGGGCUGGAGAGAGAUGACACUAACUGGUUCCCUAAGGAAAAUAUGUUCAGCUUUCAAACUGCCACAACAACCAUGCAGGCGUGAGUGGCUUUCUGGGGAUUUGUGCAGAUACAAAAGCGAGAGAGGGAGCAGGAUUCGGCAGAAGUCAUCCAGAGGAACUUCCGGAAGCAUCUACGGAUGGUGGGCAGCAGGAGGAUGAAAGCCCAGACAUUCGCUGAACGUAGAUCGAAGAGUUUCAGCCGUUCCUGGAGUGACCCCACCCCUGUCAAGACUGACUCUUCUCAUGACCCCAGAGACAGUGGAGACCUGCAGGCCUCCUGUGGUACCUUGGAUGAAGGGGGCCUGGAUGAUAAUAUAGACUGGGAGGAGGAGCGGGAGAUGGAGAGGCUGGCCUGUGAAGGAGACGACUUUGUACCUCCCAAAAUCAUGCUGAUCUCUUCUAAAGUCCCAAAGGCAGAGUACGUUCCCACUAUAAUUCGCAGGGAUGACCCCUCCAUCAUCCCCAUUCUCUACGACCAUGAACAUGCAACUUUUGAUGAUAUUUUGGAGGAAAUAGAGAAGAAGCUUACAGCUUACAGGAGAGGAAGCAAGUUCUGGAGGAUGCUCAUCUUUUGUCAGGGAGGCCCCGGUCACUUGUAUUUUCUGAAGAAUAAAGUGGCGACUUUUGCUAAGGUGGAAAAGGAGGAGGACAUGAGCCAGUUCUGGAGGAGGCUGAGUCGCUUCAUGAGUAAAGUCAACCCAGAACCCAACCUGAUCCACAUAAUGGGAUGCUAUGUCCUGGGCAACCCCAACGGAGAGAAGCUGUUCCAGAAACUGAAGAAUCUGAUGAGGCCUUAUUCUGUCGAGUUUGAGUCGCCGCUGGAGCUGUCUGCGCAGGGCAAAGAGGUGAUUGAGAUGUACUUCGAUUUCCGCCUCUACCGGCUUUGGAAGACUCGGCAGCACUCCAAACUCUUGGAAUAUGAGGAAUUUUUGUGACGAAAAAAAACGGAUAACGGGAGAAGCGGAGCGCUACAAUGAAAAUUGAACUGAUCCAAUAAGUGAACAUUGCUCAACUAUAGUGCUCAACCCACCAACUCAAUACAAACAGUCAUGCCUGCAUUCAUCCUGGAGAGGACUGGGAGGGCAGGAAGAAGGAUGGCAGGAAGGACAAGGUGGCUGAAGACCAACUCAAUUAUGCUGUGCCUCCACUCCUCCUCAUUUUCAGAGUAAGGAUCAAAGACUUAACAAAAAGGGCAGAAAAAAAUACACAUUAAAGAAAAAAAUGAGGAAGAAGCAGAGACAACUGGACCGUCCACGUCUUAGUCACCAACUCCCUUUGCUUUUUGAGUUUGAAAGCAAAAGGAGGAUUAAAAAAAUUAAAAUGUGUAAAAAACAAAUAUAAUUUUCGUCACACCUUCGUUGCAAAGACACACUUUGAGGCUGAUGUGCUUCAGGGGAAAUCGCUGAAACUCAUUCUGCCAUAAUGUGGUUCUGUGUUUUGACUGGACCUCUCAGAUGAUUUCAGACCCCGGAGGCAUACAUAUAUAUACAUACAUAAAUAAUAUCAUAUGUCGAUGUGUGUGUAUAUAUUACAUGAAUAUAUUAGCAUAGCUUUAGUCAUCAAAUAAUACAUGAGAAUAAUAAUGAUGCAGCAUUUAUUUUUGAUGUGCAUUGUUGUGCAGUUUCAUAUGGAAAUACUUUGGAAUAACUCAGGUUUUAGCCAUGAAGUAAAUAAUCUGUUUGUCUAUUCUAUCAAGAUAUUGUAAUCUUCAUCGCCAUCGCUUGGAAUGAAUGUAUUAUCUCCAGAAAUGUAUCUUCGGUUUGAGAAAUCCAGCUUCAUGUUUUGGUAAAAAAAAAAGAAAAGAAAAGACAAAAGUGCUGAUUUUGUGUGCGAGUAUGUGUGUCUUUUUCAUGUCAAAGAAAUUAUAAUAAUCAUGCAAAUGUGUGUAUUUUCUCUUUCUGCACCUAUAAUGGUUAUCACCCCUCCCCCAUUUCUCCCUUUCCGUCACAAACACACAAAGACAGUCUUGUGUGAUUACUGAUGUCAAGAGGGAUGUAACAGCCAUCCAAGUGCUCCUGCCACUGUAGUGUAGGAGUUGCCCUAUUGAUCCCGCCUCCUCUUUUGCAGGAGGUUCAGGCCACUUAGUCUCGGCCCUGUCACUGGCGCCAGCUGCUUAAUGGCAGCCAAACGAGCUUCCGCCACCGCUCACUUCACUGGGCUGUGAUCCAUUCUAAAGGACCGGAGUUAUCCGAAUUAAACCGAUCUGCCAGAUUUUUAAGCUGUUAACAGCCAUCUGCUGCCCCUGCCAGGUGUCAGCUAGUUAAAAGGAAACUAUUUAGACUGCAGUGCUAAACUAGAAAGGUCAGCUCAGUAGAGGCCGGUUAUGAGUCGUGAGUGAGGAUUCAGCAGGCGGUAUAUAACGGCAGCACAAAAAGAUGUUUGGAGAAAGUGUGAGUGACAGCAACCACUGGCCACCCAAAAUAUAAUGCAGUCUGCUGCAGCAGAAUGUCAGAUGGACAGACACAGAGCUGCACACUCACUCACACACACACAGGGACGCAGACACUGAUCGCAUAAUCCUCCUUUAAUAAUAACUUAAUUUGCUUUAUGUAACGACAUCUAAACUGGGAGAGUGACACUCAAAGCACAAAAAAGUCUUAGCAGUUGAUUUCUCAGGUUGACACGUUUCCACAAGCGAUUGAUGCAGAAUUUCUUAAAUGUGUAAACCUAAGAAAUGAGCUGAUACCAGAGUAUUGUUUUGUUGUGCUUUCGGAGUGCUGCAAUCCCAACAAUGUUUAAUGCUACUUUUUUUAAUGCUGACAUUUGAGCCGUAAUUUUUUGGAAUGUGGCAGCGAUCCAAGGAGUCGUUGCUAAGUCCCGCCAUGGCUCACUGCUCGGCCAAUCACAGCAGUGUCCCAUAAUGACCACGGCACCUGAAUGCCAGCGAAACAUUUAAAACCAGUCAUUGAGUUUGCGUAGAUGAUUUGUGUGCCGAUAGUUUACAGAGUGCACGAGGAAAAACAUUUGAGGUUUUCAUAGAUUUCAGUGGCCCCAGACAUGCAUUAUGCAUUUCAUAACAAAAAUAUAUAUAUAAAGCACACACACAAAUACAUAAGCAAUGAUACUCUUCACCUGUGUAUGGUAAAUACUUUACCAUUCGUCAUUAUUUGUGUGGAUGUGUUAAUAUUUGUAGCAUUAUGUGCAGGCUUUUUGUGUUUAAGUCAACCAGUCUCACUGUCGUGCUCUCCAUCUCUCUGCUGGCAGAAGUCUGUUUUUAUUUGCUUUUGUCCUCUCUCUGACAUUGCAGUGUUGGCCUACACAGACAAGUGCUCUCUCAGCCUGAGUCACGCACGGCAUGUUUUCACUCCAGAUUUAAAACACUUUCAUAUCAUAGAGCCAUUUUAAGUCCAGCAGAAGCAUUAAGCUGCCGAAUGCUCAAAGAUGUUGCCCUCAACAGCUGCUACGUUUAGUGGAUUAUUUGUUUCGGAACUUUACACCCUGGUUUAAUUUUCAGAUCAGAAACACGUAGACUGAUUAAUUGAAAGCAAAGCAGUGGUGUGAUGGAUUCAAUUCAUUAAAGAAAGUGUUUUUCUUAUGCCAUAGAAAACAUCACAACAAAUACAUCAUAUCCAGUCUAUAAAGAACUUACUGGUAAUUAAUCCUCCGUUUUAAUUUACUGGGCUGAACUGACUGUGAUGUGAAGGGCACGCUGACU